GCUGAGAUUAAAUUGUUGAUUCAAAAAGGUGUUAUGAAUUUAUUUUUUUGCUCUUUGUCAAUUAAAAAGCAUCUUUCGACAUAAUGUCUGCACUCAAUGCUAUUUUUACUGCUCAUGGUGUCAUUCAAGGUGUCAUUGCACUUCAAUUCUUGUUAAUUCCCCAUGCUACUAGUUAUUUUUUCCCUCAGGCAUUCGAUAUAACUACUGUGCUUCUCAUUCGCUUUUACGGUGCUUCUAUGGCUGGUAUGGCCGUAAUUAGUUUAUUGUGUCGAGAUAUGCCCAAUAUGCUGCCUUGCAAACGAGGAGCAGCUUGUGGCUUUAUGUUUUAUCACGGUAUUAUGGCGAUGAUCAUUUUCCAAUCGCGUAAUGAAGGACCCCUUUCUGUAAAUUCAAGCUGGGGACUUUCCGUCUUCCACGGUAUCCAAGCAUUUGUCUUGUAUGCUUGGUAUACGGCUACUGCAGGUCAAGUUAAAGCUUUUUUGAAACAAGGCAAUGACUCUAAUAAAAGUAAAAAAAACCAUUAAAGAUACACUCUUUUUUGUAUGAUAUUUAUAGAAUAAAAGAUUUCAACGUCACUCUAUCC